AUGUCCAAAGCAAUAAGUGAACCAACACAUGUGAUCGAUCCUGAUGGAGUGGUGACCAUCAUUCUCCAGAACCCUGACGCCCCAUUUGCAGUCUGGGACGAUGAGAAUAAAGAACCAACAGGCCACAAAGGAAACGAAGCCUCUGUAACAUCACAAGCCAACGGUACUAGUGAGCGAGUCGCAAAAGAGGGAUCAAAUAGUGAUAACGCAGAUGCCGACGAAAUAUACAACUCUGCCAAAGAUAAAGAGAUACGUUACCGGGUUUCCGCGAAGCACUUGAUGGUCGCCUCACCCGUUUUUAAAAAGAGUCUCACAUGUGGAUGGAAAGAAACUGAUACCCUCCAAAGCAAAGGAUCAGUUGAGAUUCAAGUCGAAAAAUGGGACAGCGAAGCACUCUUGAUCCUGCUAAAUGUCUUACACUGCCGGCAACGUGAGAUCCCUCGAAAAGUUAGUCUCGAACUUCUAGCCAAAAUUUCUGUCAUAGUGGAUUACUAUCAAUGCAUUGAGUCCAUAGAAUUAUAG